GCUCUUGUUCAUAAGACAAAUAUAAAUAAUUGUAACAGGUAGUACUUUAUGAUUAUAAAAAUAUUUCAUUUAGAAACAGGUUUCAGCUGAAAGCAUGUGAACCUGAUGUGAUGUAGACAAGAAAAAUGGACAGUUUUAAGAUGGUGCUAUAACACAAUAGUUUUAAGAAAAGGAAUAUAGAUAGGAAAGUAUGGCCAUUGCAGUGAUUUUCAGAGAAAUGCAUGAAAACGCAAGUUAGAUAAUAGAAAUGUUCUAAACAAGAUGGAUCAUCAAGCUGAAUUAGAGAAUUCGAAAUACAGGAACUGGGUGAGAGGCGGACUGGCGUAUAAAUAUCUGAAGAAUGGUUUAGAUGGCUUUGCGGAUGAAGUGGUCAAACAGGAGCACAAGCGAAUUCUUCAUGAUGUCAAGCAUACGCCCGGGCUCACUUGUAACCUAUGCAAUAUAAGAAGUUUAAAACCCAUUCAUAAAAGCGUAAAAGACACAAUAACUGGAAAAGACAUAUGUCCAAGAGGGCAGACUAACUGUAAUUGUCUGUAUUCGAAAAAGCAUACGUGUCCUAAUAAAGUUUGUGACGCCAUUUUGGAAGAAAUACUUAUGAGUCAUGGUUCAACACCGCCCACACCAAACUGGAAAAAUACAGAUAUUACCAGCUGGUGUUGUGCGCCAUGGGAAGUGGCAAAAUGCUUCAUUAAUGCACCAGGAUAUGCUGACAAAACUGAAAUUGAUGUCUCGGGACUGCUGCAUAUAUUUAUUUAUAACAUAAACUUCCAUACUCGUAUAUCUUGCACCAUAACAGGAUCAGACAUAUUCAACAAGGUUCUGAAGAGGAGAAACAUGGUUUUCCACUCGCCUCAAAUGGAGCUUGAUGAAAGAGAGCUAAACGAUUGCAUUGAUGACAUCAUAGCAAUUCUUGAAGACGGAAAAGAAUUGAAUGCAAGACAUGAUGCCCAACAAGCGGUUAAAAAACUCAAACAACUUAAGGAGACCAGAUUCAUUAUAACAACCCACAAUGAAGUAGAAGUAUGCAGAGCUGCCAUGGCAUCAAUAGAGAACAGGUCAUUGCAACUGAACAAAUGAUCCAAGACGCCAAAGAGGACAUUGAUACAAAAGAAAGGAAGGCAUAUACAGCAAUUGACGAUAAAACACAAAGAGCUCUUGAUAAUGCACGGAAAGAGCUUGACAACCACUGUGAUAGCAGACUGAAAACAAUGAAAAAAAUGAUCGAGUUAUUGAAUGAGAGAAUUACACAAAAUGAAUUAGACACAAAGGAGUUAAAAACAGACAAUGUCGUUAUAAAACAGCGUCUAACGGAGAUAGAGCAACAUGUUGACAGACUGGACGACGCACGCAACAUGCACCAGAAGCAGUUAGAAUAUGCUGAACAGAAACAAGAGCUUCAAAGGAAGAUGGUAAAACAAUACCAAAAUCAUUAUGUGAAAACAUGGAUAUCUCCAUUUAAAGUUCAAAACAAUAACGUAGACAUAAAAGAUGUUUACGUCUCACCGAAUAUAGAAGACGAAAAUGGUGAACCAAGAGUAAUAAAACGAUAUCGCGAUAUAUUUCAAACUAAUGAAAGACGGCAUAAAAGAAUUUAUAUUGUCGGUGACGUUGGGACAGGUAAAAGUUCAUUCAGCAAAAUGAUGAUUUACAGCUGGUGCUCAGCUUUAAACGAGGACGAAAAUAACACUGUGCAAUCUGAUAAUGCUGAAGAACUAAAACGAUUUCAUUUUCUUUUCUUCGUCCCCUUACAAAGGAUGUCAGAAUUUAGUUGUGACUUAACUGAUAUGAUAAAAGAACUUUAUAAACAUGUUGUGUCAGAAAAACUGAUAAACAAGAUAUUUACGCAAGAAGGCGAGCGUUGCUUGAUCAUUAUUGAUAGCCUUGAUGAAUGGACGCCUCCAAAAUCCUACUGCCUUCCACUCCAUGUUACUCACGGCAUCCCGUUAGGGGACGGAAUAGAACAUGCUACAUUUCUAACGUUUUCUAGGCCCUCUGCUAAAGGUAUUUUAAAUAUGAAAAAAACCGAGUAUCACAAAAAAAUCAAGUUAAUUGGAAUUGCAGCUGGAUCAGUCCAUGAAUUUAUUAGAAAAUAUAUGACCCAGUUACAUCAGAACAAAGCAUCUAAGAAUAUAAACUAUUUCGUGGAUGAAAUAAAAAAAUCUGCGCUUCAACAUCUCGAAGAAACACCUUUAUUUUUACAACAACUGAUUUGUCUUUUCUGCAAAGAAAACACAAUUGGAAAAUCUGUAAGCGAUAUUUAUAGUAACAUUCUUAACAUAAUACUGUGCUGGUUUAAAAAAGGAAAGGAAGAUGAAGACAUGACAGAAGAUAUUAUCUAUAUGCGGGAAGAAUUCAUACACAUCAGUCUACCUGAGCUUUUAAAAAGAUUUCCUAGAUGUAAGGCAAAUAAAAGAUUUAUUUUUCUAGUCGGAAAAAUUGCAUAUAAAACCUUAACCAAUGAAACCAAUUCCAGUACUUUUAGCCGAUCAAAACUUAGGGAAUUAGGACUGACAAAAAGCGAUAUUACUUCUCUCAUAGAAAUGGGAAUUAUUGUUGAACAUACAUGUUUAAAUCAAGAAUAUGAGGAAACAUGUUUGUGUUUCAUUCAUUUGUCAUAUCUCGAGUUUUUUGCUGCUGUGUACAUAUCUAGCAAUUACCACUCUAUGCAUAGCCCAACAUCUAAACAGAAACACAGACUCGAAAGCACUGUCAUCUUAGAAGACCUAUUUCGUAAGUUCAAGUCAGCUUCUGACAUUCUACAAUUAUCUAAUAUCCUGAAGAUGGUAUGUGGAUUAUCUCCAUUUAUGUUAUCAGAAAUCUCGAAAUUCAUCUCAAACAAGGUAGAGGUUGAUGAAAGUAUGAUCAGAUACAGACACAAUCUACAGUUGGAUGAAAUAGACAGAACAGUCGUGCAGAUACAAAGACUUUUAAACAAUUGUCUUUCUGAGUCCGGAAACCACGAAACAGCUACGAUUAGCCUUUAUGAUAUAGUCGUACAUUUCCGAGCCGAUAUGAAUUUUUUUCGAAAAAUACUUCCUAUAACCGUGAAUUCCUUAUAUCUAAGCAGAGAUACUACAUUUUUGACAGGAUGUUCAGACAUAUUUGAAUGGAUUACACAACUUCCUAGCUUACAAUUUGCAAGUAUAAACGUUACUAAGUGGUCAUCACUUAAGCAUGCUUUUUCAUUCACACAAGCAGUGUCUUUAAGACAUUUGACAUUCAAAAGUGACUAUGACUACGGAUAUAUAGUUGACCUAUCUACAAACAGCCAACUUAAGAGUGUUCAUUUAGAAAAUGUUCAGUGCAUAUUAGGAUCUGAGUCGAAUGUCAAAAAUCUUGAAUUUUUUUACGAUUGGAUAUUUGACAGAUUUGAAGUGUUAUCGCACGCAGUAUCCAUAAAACAAAUGACAUUAAAAUGCGACUCUAGAACAAGUUUGCAUACCAUAGACAUAUCUAAACUUUAUCGGAUCAAAAGCAUUCAUUUAGAGGGUUGUCUACUGGCUCUUCAGUCUCGGAGUCCAGUCGAAAGUAUUUACAUCUCACUCAAAAACAAAAACACGUCUGAAAGCAAAGUUCAUGAGAAAUAUGAGCAAUUAUGUUCGUCAUUAUCGCGAUGUGUGUCAGUAAAGUGCCUGACCCUGAAAGGUAUCGAUUGUCAUGAUACUGAUUGUGAGGGUCACACAAUUGACCUGUCUGAACUAAAUAUGCUGCAAGAAAUCAAUUUAUCAUGUCCAUUUACUAUAAAGUCCGACAUAAAAACUGAAAGUCUUGAAAGCAUUUUCAUCUCAUGCAAACACGGUGUCAAGUUAUCGCAUGAAAGAUGUCAGCAAUUAUCAUCUUCAUUACCUCGAUUUGUGUCUUUAAAAAAAUGUCACUGGAAGGUAUCAAAUGUAAUGAUGUUGAUUGUGAGGGUCACACAAUUGACCUGUCUGAACUAAAU